AUGGGUUCUAGAGGCACAGUUACAUCGACACCGCUCAAGAUUGGGGUCGUGGUAUGUGGUAUCGCCGGGCUCUCGGCGACGAUAGCCUUAGCCAGAGCUGGUCACGCGGUCGAUGUGUUUGAACGGUCUCGUUUCACACGUGAGAAUGGGGCUGCGCUCGUAAUCGGGGUGAACGCUACCCGUGUCCUGGCCGGCUGGGGUUUCGAUGUUGACAAGUACGGGGCCGUGGACUACUGUCAGCUUCGACGUUUCGACGCCAAAACCGGUGAACUGGUGUCAACGGAGAAUUUUGACGGGAUCGAGGAGAAGUAUGGCUCACGAUGGUUGAUAUUCCAUCGCGCCGAUCUCCACGCAGGUCUGCUUGAGCUGGUGCAGAAGCCGGCGGUGCCAUAUGUCCAUGCACCCAAGAUCAAUCUGGGCACAGCUGUGUCCGACGCCGACCCUGACACCGGAACAAUCACCAUGGCAGACGGAAGUUGCCUUCAGAAGGAUGUCAUCAUCAUCGCCGACGGUGCUCACUCGAAGCUUAUCCCACGCGUGACGGGCCGAGAGGAGCCAAUCAUCAAGUCUCCUCUUUCCAUCUAUCGCUUCAUGCAGCCAAUCUCAUCCAUUGUCGACCACCCACUGGCAGGCCACUUCUACCGAGACCAACCGUCCGGGUUCACGGCUUUCUUCGUCAACCAGGUGGGCAAGCCAGGCGUCCUGCUCAACACGUAUCCGGUCAGGGGCGAGCAGCUGCUGUAUGUUGCCUUCAUGCACCCGACCAAGCCGCAGGAACGGGAUGUUGGGGACAACUGGAACGCAGAGGCAAGCUACGAGGACCUGAUGGAGGAUCUGCAGGAUUUCCACCCCAGUGUCAAGUUUGUCUGCGAAGGUGCCGAGGACAUCAAUGUCUUCACCAUUAUGAAGCGGGAUCCAGUGCCCAGCUUGACAAGAGGCCGGGCCGUUCUUGUGGGAGACGCGGGACACUUGAUGCUAUCUACUCAUGGACAGGGAGCGUCACAAGCGAUCGAGGAUGCCGCUGCUUUGGAGGUUCUGUUCAACAUUCAGCAGAGCAGCCACUCAUCAGAGAAUGCGGUGUUGGAACGGGUCCAGAUGUUUGGUGACCUUCGUGGCCCUCGCAUCAAAGCAACUCAGACGCUUUCCAAUAAAAUGAUGGGUCCGCCUGAAGUCAUGAUGGCAGAAUGCAGGAAGUACUACGAUGAGCCAUUGCCAAGCCUGAAAGCGCAGGUCUUUUCGGAUGAAUACAACGACUGGUUCUUCAAUUAUGAUGUUGGAGUCGAGGCCAAGGACUUGCUGGAAAGGACGGCAUGA